AUGGUUCUCCGAAGGCUGAGAUAUGCCAGAGCUGGGAGCAUCUUGUUGAUGGGCUCUGUCGUUCUUGGUGCCUUCAAGCCGAUCUCUUUCACAGGCUCCACCCAAGCUGACGCGAUGCGCUCUCGUCGUCGGAUGCACAUGGUCGAAACGCAGGCUGCGGAGAAGGUGCCUGAGUUGCCACCCUUCAAGCAGUUUCCCGACGACUACGACCCAGAUCCGCUGGACAAGUUUAUUGAGUGCAAGCCUCAAAACUUUUUGAACUCUGCCACACGGUGGUUGUUCCCUCCAGCAGGAUAUUCACGCGCAGUGUGCGCGCCUUCUUUCCCUCGGUAUUUACAGUUUCCCUCGGUAUUUACAGUGUUUCCUUCGUGUCGCAUGCCAAACACACCGGUAAUUAAGGUAUAUUCGGCACCUGCUAAAACCCACAUUUUACACCUGCCGUUUCUCUCGGUAUUUACAGUGUUUCCUCAGGGUCAUAUGCCGAACACACCGUUAAUUACGGUGUGUUCGGCACUUGCUACAACCCACAUCGCCCAUGGGCGGUCCAUGUUAUGGACGCAGAGCAUCCAUGGGUCAACCAUAUUAACGUCCAGAUCAGACUCCAUCCAUUCCCCGCAGAGCAUCCAUGGGUCAACCAUAUUAACGUCCAGAUCAGACUCCAUCCAUUCCCGCAGAGCAUCCAUGGGUCAACCAUAUUAA